AGCCGCCUCAGAAAGGAUUCCUCCAUCACCGUGCGCCACAUGGCUCCUAAGGAGCAGGAAGAAGGACCCAAGGACUUGAGCUGUGGCUCCAGAAGAACUGGCCUCAUGAUGAAGAUCAAAAAAUUCAAAGCCAGUGAAGUUUUUACCUGGCAGCUCGCCAAGACGCUGGCCAUGGGUCAGGGCCUGGCCGGCCUCGUCUGUGGGACGGCCAUCACCUCCCAGUACCUGGCCUCAGACUUCCACGUGGAGGCGCCCAUGCUGCAGAGCUUCAUGAACUACGCCCUACUGUGUGCCAGCUACACCACUUCGCUGCUGUGCAGAGCAGGGGAUACAAAUCUUUUGCAGAUUCUGAGGCAGCGAUGGUGGCGGUACCUUCUGCUGGGACUGGUGGACGUGGAAGCCAACUACGCUGUGGUGAAGGCUUACCAGUACACCACUCUGACCAGUAUACAGCUCCUGGACUCUUUUGUCAUCCCGGUCCUGAUCAUCUUGUCCUGGUGGAUUCUGAAGACGCGCUACAGGCCAGUCCACUAUGCUGCCGUCUGCAUCUGUCUGCUGGGUGUGGGGGCCAUGGUGGGGGCCGACCUGCUGGCUGGACGAGACCAGGGCUCCACCUCCAACCUCCUGCUAGGUGACGGCCUGGUGCUGUUCAGCGCCUCCCUGUACGCCGUGUCCAAUGUGUGUCAGGAGUACACCGUGAAGAACCUGAGCAGGGAGGAGUUCCUGGGCAUGGUCGGCCUGUUUGGCACAGUCAUCAGCGCCAUACAGAUGGUUGUCCUGGAGCGUCAUGAAGUGGCUUCUGUUCAGUGGAGUUGGCAAGUGGGUGAGUAUUUCAGCUGCUCUGGAACAUUUUGUCUUUGCUGCGCGUGGUUGUUGAUGGCGUGUCUCCUCUCAGGGCUGCUGUUCUCUGGCUACGCGCUGUGCAUGUACGCUCUGUACAGCAUCAUGCCCCUGGUCGUCAAAGUGAGCAGCGCCGCCUCGGUCAACCUGUCCAUGCUCACCGCUGACCUGUUCAGCCUCUUCUGUGGGAUCUUUCUCUUCCAGUACAAUUUCUCUGGACUCUACCUGGUGUCGCUGGCUGUCAUCCUCAUUGGCUUCAUCACUUUCAACAUGGUGCCAACACCCACGCGACAAAGCGAGCACGCCUCCUCUUCCUCCUCAGGCUGCAACGAAGCCUACGACAAUCCCACAGCCAUGUACGACGAGGCCACCAACCAGGACGUGGCAGUGAGCAUCACCACUGAGGAUGGAGAGCAAGAGAAGGGCAAGAAGAGUAGCACUAAAAUGUGA